UACUACCAACAUACUGCUAACAUCUACUACUAACAUGCGACCAACACACUACUAAUGCGCUACUAAUAUUAUUCAAGCAUACUACUAACAUACACACCACUAACAUCCUACUAGCAUACUACUGGCGUGCUAUCAGUCUAACAUAUCACUAACAUACUACUAACAGUCCAAUGCACAUGUUGUAGUUUCCAUGGUAUAGAAGUGAAUGCUGUAAGCUUUUGAUGUCAUACCUGGAUUUUUUUAUAGCUCUAACGUAGUCAGCGGGAAUACGAGCAUAGCCGAUGUAUUGACAGCGGCAGUAGAAGGGAAUGCGACACUAGUCUUCCUGAAGCCUUGAGGCCGGGCGAACGGGCCGAGAUCGCCUUGCCGCUUGCUUGUGACUAUUCCUAUUGCCACCAUGAUGCAGGACCGGAUACUUUGUGUACAGCCAGGGUUUGUUGUGUCUGAAGAGGCGAUCCAGCAAAAACUGGAACACAUUCCCGAUGAUCAACUCGAGUGCCGUGUGUGGGCACGAGAGUGUCCGGGUAUCACACAGUCGAUGACUGAACAUCAUGCACUGUUCGUGGACACGUUUCGAAGUUUUCUGACCAAUGGAGGUGACGAAGAGACAAUCGUUGAGAACUUAUCAUUUUUGUCGGUGCACAUCCGGCUCCUGCUAGUCUGCUGUGACUAUGUGCUCAGACGGGUGGGGGAUGUGGAUGCGCUCGGUUGGCCAAUUCUAUAUAUAAGUAGUCUAAAUGCCAGCAUCGCCGAGUGUUUUCUGGUCGGUAUGAAGGCAUGCAAAUCCUUCUUGCAGCUCACUGAGACAGAAACGGAUCCGACCAGGAGUGCGUUUGUCGAUCGCUUAUCGGCAGAAGUGGAUAAGUUAUUUGGUCAGUGCUUCACCCUGCUGAAGAUGUAUAUAGAGAUGGUGCAGAAGUUCUUUCCACCCAAAGCUGACACGGAAGCAGGAGACAGUGACGUAGUGGAAUUCGUUCUAGGUAUGUACUGCUUUUCACUCUUAUCUAUAUAUAAGAGCUAA